AUGCCUCUCAUCCACGUAGAAGUGAGCGAUUUCAAGUCGUAUCGGGGCCACCAAGUGAUCGGACCCUGCAAGAACUUCACCUCCGUUAUCGGUCCCAAUGGCGCUGGAAAAUCAAAUCUCAUGGAUGUAAUCUCUUUUGUGCUUGGUGUAAAGAAAGAGAGAGAAGCAAAAGAGAAGGCAGAGAAACACGAACGAAGGCUCCAGGACAGCAAAAACAUUGUGCUUACUGAAGAUCCAUCCCUCCCUCAAUCUGUCAAGUCCAAGAUCGUAAAACUGGAGUCCCCUUCGCGGGCAGCGCGUCCGGGUAUCUGGGCUGUUCUUACUGGGAAUGCGAACAAAACAUAUGAUGCUGUAACAUUACAGCUAGAGGCAUCAGUUGAGCUGACUGGCACGCUCAAGACCGUUCCUGAAGGCCAGCGCGCCCCUGGAGGACACGAACUAGUCGUUGACUAUUGGCGUGUCCUUGGUGCCGCUCCCGGUGCCAAGGAAGCAUUUACUAACAGACUCAACGAGAUUCGAGUUGUUGGCGAUGACAUUGUGGAUGUCGCUAUCGUGGCCCUCAGGAGGAGGUUGCAUGGCGCUGCUGGUGCACGAAGCCUGGCCACAGCACUCGUCUCGUUCCCAAUGGUACCCUUCAGAGCGUUCAGUUACUCCGCAUGUUGGAGUACAUCCAGAUUCGCUGGUUUCAUUGACCAGACUCAGAUUGGCGUGAAUGCUCAAGACUGUGGAGGUCAACUCGCUCUUCACGGUGCUGAUCUUCGUGUGUACUCUAAUGCGUUCCCAAGCAACAACGGCGAUAAUAACACCGACCAGCAAGUCAUCGACUGGACCAACUUCACAUCCAUCGCCUCAUCUAUCGCGCACCCAAUGUCGCAUGGAACUCGCCUACAUAUCAUCUUCUCACGCGUCCUCGACGAAAUUCUUAUUAUGGUCCCGCGUAACAUGCCAUUUGUUGGAGAUCUGCAGCCCAAAGUUCAACGCCGCAUUCUCGAAGUUCUAUUUACACAGAUAGUACCCGCAUCAUCCGACAUCCCAGAGACAAGCACCAACAUCAAGCUCCGACAAAUGGGGUUGGAGACCAUGCACCAAAUCCUACAAGCAUCUAGUUUGUUAACAUUGGUCUCCAAAAUUGUGUUCUCCCUGCGAACCGUAUUUGAUCCUAUCAAUGGGCAACUAACUGACACUCGGACUCGGUUCCUUGGGAAUCGGCCAGUCAGACUGGUUCGUGUUCAAAUUCAGGGAACCCAGCCGUCCUAGCGCUCUCGUCCAGAUCCUGGUUGAAUUACACGCAUCAAAAUCUCAUGCAUAUCACUCCUUUGAUUUUUGAUAACUUGGAC